AUGUUUUUGUUUUCCUUGCCUUUAUAUCUUUCUACUUUUGCAGUCUUAUCGUCAACCCAAGUGUUAGCAUGGCAGGUUGAUGUAGACUGUUCGUUCAAUAGCGCUGGAGCCCUUCUAGCGGGGCUUACAGAGCCGUCGCUACAAUUAGGGAACGAUCUUGCCAGACAUGUCAGCCUGGCUACGUUAGAAGCGCAGAGCAUCGCAAUGUAUAUGGCGAAAAAGGCCUUGAUGGGCCCUCGAGUGGGAAACUUGAUGCAAGAUCUCCUUGGUGCACCUAGUGAAGAUGACUCCGAGACACUGGCAUGGAUUGGUACUUCUGUAACUAACAUCAUUGCUGCAAUGAAUGUACCUAGUACCAAUGAGGGCGGGGGCACGGGACUCAUCAUCAAAUGCACAGACUCCCACCUCACCCCUAUAGAUCCACUCAGAGGGAUAUUUAGGGAUAAAAAACGAAAGAACGUAAGAGUACAAGUGCCUCGCAUUGGUACUCUCAAUCCUCAAACCGCCUGCGGUUAUGGCCUUCAGGGUUUUACGUAUGGAUAUCCUGGGGGUCAAGUCAUAGUUCUAUGCAGUGACAGUCCCUGGGGUGCGGCAAAGGUAUACAAUGAGGUGACUCUGAAUAAAUGGAGGCAUGCAGGAGACCUGAGAUUGAACCCAUUAGUGAUCAGUAAAGGAGUGGAUGGUAUGGCAGGUGCGCUUUCUGUAAAGUUAUUACAUGAACUUUUCCAUGUGGGAGGAAUUGCCUUCCAACAAGCGGGGGGAACUGGGACACCUAAUCAAUUUCCUGGUACUCUUCCGGAAAAAGAGGGAAAUGCACGAAUCUCGGAAGUUUAUACUUGGAAAGACAUCUCGGGCAAGAAUGUUGGCUCCCCCGAAACUCACUCCAAACGACUUUCGCACAAAAAUGCAUUGCACAACGCCGACAGUAUGGCAUUGUUAGGCGCUGGUUGGUACGUGCCGAACUACGGUUGGGUAGAUGGAGCAUGCAAGACUGUAAAAAAAGCAAACCGGUCACCGCUUCAAUACGAUGGGCAAGGAAUCCCAGCAGCCCCUGAUGGCUAUGGGGGAUUUGAAAACAUAGACUCGGCUUUAUAUCCUGAAAAGCGUGCUAUCCCAGAGAGAAAGGGAGGCGGUAAUAGUUACGGAGCGUUCGUACAUCGGACUUAA